AUGGUCCGGAUCAGGCCCUGGGGAGCGACUGCUUUGGCUGCUCUCUCCAUCUCUCGACAUGCCGCUGCCUUCAACAACCCUCAGAGUAUGCCUGUCUGGUGUGGAAAGAUAUAUAAAAAGGACUAUCCUGCUAAUGAUCCAGGAGGGCAAUUCCAAUUUCCGCCUCCCAAAGUUGAACCUUUGCUCUAUCUUACCAUCCAACCAAGGUAUACAAUAUUCCUGGAAAGCGACGAAUCGAGUUCCUUCAUCGUGAACGCCCCGAUAUCUCACAUUUUUGGCAAAUCCUACAAGAAUGGAAGUUACGACAGCCCAGGGAGUUCUAAAAAGAAUCUAUUUGCCACACUGGACUUUGAGAUAUACAGUGAAGAGUCCGGACACCUUCUGAAAACCAGCUCUGUCCCAGUCAAUUCAACAGGCAACGUCGUCGGAUUCUCGUUGUCCUCAUUCAAGCCUCGAUUCAAGCCGUAUGCUGUUUCUAUAAAUGGAACUCCCCCAGAUGCACAACAAUCGUUUACUGCUAAGACUUUGAUCUAUGUUCUGCCAUCACGUUCCUACGGCAGUGCUGUCAAGAUUGACAAUCUCUAUGGUGGACUCUACGUUCAGAAUGGGUUCAACAAUUGGAAGGGCUGGUAUGCCAUUUUCCCAAACGGUGGCUACGCAGAUGGAGGCUAUGUCAGUCCGUCAAACAUCAGCUUCACACAUUUAGACACCUACGCCUCCCAGGGGUUCAAUACGAUAAAUAUCCCCCCCGAUGGAAGUCUUCCUGAUCAGUCAUAUCCAGUGGCAGAAUUCGAAAAGUACUGGGACAAUAUGGAUCAGCUGAAUCUCUUCAAUCUGUAUGAUAUGCGUUCUGCGUUCCAAAACGAAACUCGGAUCAAUGAGCAGGUUGCGCUUUGGAAGAACCGGACCACGCUCCUCAGUUGGUAUACGGCAGAUGAGCCAGAUGGAUGGGAGUACAACCUCAAUUCAACUAAACUAGCAUAUGAUCAAAUUAAGGGGCUGGAUCCAUACCAUCCGGUAUCCCUCGUACUAAACUGCCAAAAUUUCUACUAUGAAGAGUACAGUGCCGGCGCAGAUAUCGUUUUCGAAGACGCCUACCCCAUCUCCAUCAAUGCUACGUAUUCCAUCCCAUGGGGCAUUCCAUGCAAUGCCACCUACGGUGACUGUGGAUGCGAUAACUGCGUGGGAGAGCUGACAGAUGUCUCCACUCGUCUGGAUGACUUCCAAAAUUACCAAGCCAACUUGAAAGGCCAAGGGAGCAAACCUACUUGGGCUGUUAUUCAAGCCUUCGGGGAUCAGGAUUACUGGACCAGCAUUCCCAGUGUUGCAGAAGUGGAAAAUAUGAUGAUGCUGGCUGUGAACCAUAAUGCAAAAGGCCUUUCGUAUUGGCUAUAUCCAAGCACAGCCGACAUCAACCUUGGGAGUGGGCAACUUGGAAAGGUUUUUCAGAAAGAGCCUGGAAUUGAUUUCCUGUUUGGAACGAAUGCGAUCAAAGGUCUACCUGUGGCUGGGGAGGCCCUAAUUGAUGCGAGUGCUUGGAUUGUGGGCAAGAAGAUGAUGGUUGGGGUUGCAAGUGGACCACUUGUGAAUUCGUCGGCCGAGGUCAGUAUCACGUUGCCAGCGAGCGCUUCCUCUGUCGAUCAAGUGCUGUACGGAGACUCUGGGUGGACUGUUACUGGUAACACACUCUCGAAAGCGGGAAUAAAGGGCUUGGAGGUGGGCAUCGUGGUAUUAAAUCUCAGUUAA